GCAGCAGGCACGAGCGUGUCAAAGUCUGCUUCUUCAUCUUUGCAUCAAACUCUACCUAGGUACUGACCAGUGUUCCGGCACGCCCUAAUCAGAUGCCGCGCUCCAUAACAUCAUAAAUGCCGCACCUCACCGAGCUUCCACACGUGGUUUUUUCACCAUAACACACUCGCUCGUGUCUAUGUUUCUACUCGAUCAUCUUCAUUCCUUAUUUGCUUCAUCUGACACGUACAGCUGUUCAUGCUCGUGUAUCAGGACUGAGGGAUCGCAGUCCCCCUUCUUUGAAUCCGCGAUUUAGUUUGCGUUAUCGCGAGAAUCACCGGUGCUGCUGCCUUGUUCCUCGCCCGGAGUCCAGCGUGCGUGGUACAUCCACCCAGUUGUCCAAUUUUCCAUGCGCAACCUGAAUUUACAGAAUACAACAUACUGCGAAUCCAGACCUCAGAUUCCUUGGAUUGAUUCGCAUUCUCAAGAUGGCUUUGCAAGAAAUUGGGUUUUAUGGUGGGAUGGCAUUGCUAAUCAGCUCCAUCACCGGACCAGGACUGACCACAAUCCCUCUCUUGUACCAAGAAGCUGGUUGGUUGACGCCAACGCUAGCAUUCGUCCUCUUUGGCUGCUUGGCAGGAAUUACCUCUCUUUUUCUCGUAGAGACAAUGUCCACCAUUCAUGGCAACGAAGCUUUCCAGGCUCGCGUUGAAUUCAGCACUGUUGCUCAUUUGUAUCUGGGAGACAAAGCGCACAUCAUCAUGCAAGUGCUUCUCUAUUGCGCCUUACAAAGUGUCAAUGUUUCAAGCAUCAUAAUAUCAGAGCAGACCAUGGACUCCUUACUCAUUCAACUGUUCCAUAAGAGUUGUGCUUUGAGUUUCACGAAAGGAUGGGUGUGUGUAUCUUCAAUUGACUCUUCUGGGUUGAUUUUUGAUUCUUACAUUCUAUUCUCUUUCGGCUACCUCAUAGCUGCUGCUAUGGUUCUACCAUUGUCAGUGAUGAGCCUCGUUCAGAAUAUCAAGUUUCAACUGAUUUCGGUCGCAACCCUCUUCUUUGUUAUGAUAGUUUGGAUCUUUCUCUUCGCCAGUCAUGGGUUAGACUUGGCCGUUCCAGCCAUUGGUCACAAUCAAAGUGCCCUUGUUGGGUUUACUCUCAGCAACUUUGCCUUUCUUGAUCCCACUAACAAACUGCAGAUCACCACAGUUCCGUCUUUCAUCAACGAGCUUUCUCGACGUGUUUCCAUACGCAGAUCUAUCGCAUAUCCGAUAGUUAUUUGUGUGGCUUUGUACAUUAUCAUCGGAUUGACUGGUGCUGCGAGUUUUCAGAUAGACCCCUCAUCUGAUCUCCUCGCGACCCUCAGCGCUGCGAAGAAACACAACAUCUUGAUCAUCAUCGUCAACAUUCUGUUCCCGAUCUCUGUCCUUGUCACCUCGGUACCCGUUUUCGCUAUUGUGAUUCGGUACAAUCUUGUACGGGGAAACCUUUGCUCCAACAGAUGGGCCAUUGUUUGGGCGAGUCUAAUUCCAUGGGUUCUGAUAAUUCCUUUUCAGACUAAGGGAUGGCUGGUUUUAGUGAUGAAUUGGAGCUCCUUGAUCUUCGGAUCUUCAACCAACUUCAUAAUUCCGCUCACUCUUUAUAUUUCAUCGAAGACCCACACAGCAAGCACAAUCGAUACAUCAGGUGGUGAUCUUUUUGUCCUGCAUCGGGAAAACGCCUCCAAGAAAUCUAACGAAGCAAUCGACGUCGCUGAUUUGGGUCAAGAGUCCUCGUCGUCCGGGCUUGAUCCAUCGUCCAUACCCCUCCGAGUUGUGUAUUCUCCAGCCGUAUCGAGGAAUCCAAGCAUUGGUCAUGGGUCUCAAAGGGGAACAGCGAUCUCCAACUCGGAUCUGCCUUCAGAAAGUACUGAAGAGAUACUCAUUCCCUCGCAUCUUGCCCCGAAUGCACCAUCGUUAGAAGCUCAGAGAUCCUCAGAAGGUCAUACAUUGCGCAGGAGAAGUUCCACUGCGUCAAGGGACAACACCAGGUCUUCCUACCAACCAUCGAGCAACCCAAACGCCCCACCAGAGCGAUCUUUCUCACAAGAGCGGGACCGCGACGAAGAACAUAUCCAGGGUGUAUUCAAGGCUCUUCCUCGCAGAAAAUGGCUACCAGAAACUCUACUUGCGAGAAUAUGUCUUGCGAUUGUGACUUGCUGCGUAUUGGGAAAUCUCAUCUAUACGAUUGUCGAAACUGCACGGGGUCAUAGCCCACUGAGUGGUUGAGCGUGCGAUAGUCCUGGACAAAUCAAUUACCGUGCCGUAGAUGGCGGAGUUUGCCACCAUUACACAAUCAACUGAGGUGGCACGAAUAUCCUCAUGGGAGCCGAUCGACGAAUCUACUCGUCGGGAUUUUCAGUACACUGGAGGAUUUGGAGCUGGAAAAGUACCAAAGGGAGAUCUGAUUCAACUAAGCUUUCAUGACUUGAGUCACGAGAGAUGGCAAUACUCCCGUAUGGUGCAGCUAGAUCAUAUGAGAUGCUUCAGCUCAGUGGGCGAGAACCUGAUGAGGGGUUUUUUUUGGAAGUGCGAAAGAAGUAAACGCGGUGAAGAGGUCAAGUUUGACAUGCUGCUGCGAAUGAUCGAAAGGAUGGAAAUGUUAUCCUCAAGUAACAAAGUCCAGAACCCCCACGUAG